CGAAUUCUGAGGGGUGAAAAAUGGCAUUCACACUCAACCCUACAACUCCUUUUUCUCACCGAUUUCUCACUCGACGCUCCAAACGAACCAUUUCAUGCUCCUUCUCUUCCGAAUCUUUUAAGUUUAAGAGGCAGUACACGAGCGUGAUGAUAGUGCCGACAGGGAUUGGAGCUGCUAUUGGGGGAUUCGCCGGCGACGCCUUACCGGUGGCUCGCGCUCUCUCCACCGUCGUUGAUUGCCUUAUCACUCACCCUAACGUGCUUAAUGCAGCAAUGCUAUACUGGCCGAUGCCUAAUACAUUAUAUGUUGAAGGUUAUGCUCUUGACCGAUUUGCAGAAGGGUUAUGGGCCUUACAGCCUGUUCACCAGAACAGGGUGGGGUUAGUUCUUGAUGCUGGGAUUGAGGAGGAGCUUCGGGUUCGCCAGUUACAAGUAGCUGAUGCUGCAAGGGCUUCCCUUGGAUUGCCUGUUGUGGAAUAUAUUGUCACAGACACUCCGCUGAAGGUAGAGAAAUGGGUUGAUCCAGAAACUGGCCAAUCAACAGGGAGGAUUAAGAACCCUGAUUCUUUACUUAGAGCUGUGCGGACUUUAGUGAAUAGGUCAAAAGUGAAUGCCAUUGCUGUUGUUGGACGUUUUCCAGAUGACGAUACUGAUGAUGUAGAUGACUAUCGGCAGGGAAUGGGAAUAGACCUAUUGGCAGGAGUUGAGGCAGUUAUAAGCCAUCUAGUCGUGAAGGAGUUCCAAAUUCCUUGUGCACAUGCUCCUGCACUAUCUCCACUUCCCAUGAGCCCAUCUCUAUGUCCGAAAUCAGCAGCUGAGGAGAUUGGGUACACUUUCCUGCCUUGUGUGCUUGCUGGCCUAAGUAAUGCUCCACAAUACUCGGUCAGGUACUCUGAAUCCAUGGAAAGGGGUUGCAUAUUGGCAAGUGAUGUAGAUUCGGUAAUCCUUCCCAAAGAUGCUUGUGGAGGGGAUGGGACGCUUGCUUUUGCAAGAAGUGAAACAAAUAAGCCACUAAUAAUUACUGUAGAAGAAAACGAAACUGUUCUCGAUGAUACUGCAGAUAAGCUUGGCUUUGAAGUGCUGCAAGUCUCAAAUUAUUGGGAGGCUAUUGGAGUUAUUGCAGCUCACAAGGCGGGGAUAGAUCCAUUUUCACUUAGACGAAAUAAAAUUAUUAACAUUGGGUGCACUUCUUUAAUGCCCGUCAAUGGUAGCUCAAUUUCAAGAGAAAGAGCUAUCUCCUGAUUAAACAUUUGAGAGUUCAAUCUAACCAUUGAAGGAGUGGUGGAUCAUCUCUUGGGUUUUAUGCCUUGUAGGCAUAUUUAUUUAGUGCCUGUUUGGAUCGUCUUAUUUUUAAGCUAGAAGCUACUUAUAAGCAUAAGCUAGGCCAAACAGAUUUUGGGAAAAGCUCUUAUAACGAAAAGCUCUUUUUUUUAUAAUGAAGAAAAAAGCUAAAAACUAAAAGCUCUUAGGAGGAGUUUUUUUUUAAGCUCUUAUCUGUUUUUCUUGAAUUGUGUACUUUUUUUUUUUUUAAUGAAGAGUGAUAAAGAUAGAGAGAAAGAUAAUUUUCUUGAAAUAUGUACUUUUAAAUAAUUUUUAAGCUAAAGCUUUUAUGUAAUUUCCAAACAGCUUUUAGCUUAUUUUUUUAAGCUCUUUUUUUUAGCUUUAGCUUAUAAAUAGCUUCUAGCUUUAAGGUAGCAGUUUAACUUAUAUUUAUCUAGUAACACAGGGUAGAUCAAGUUUGCAAAAUAUACCGAAUUGGCUUCGUGGCAGGGUUAGCAGAAUUUGGUUUCAGACCUCAUUUUUGUCUCUGAACUGUUUUAGGCUUUAGUUGUUGAACUGAACCAUUAGCCAACUUGGAACGAGUGAAAGCUUGUUAUCUACUAUCUAGUCAUCCUUGUCAAAUUACUAAGGGGGCGUUUGGUUGAGGAUAAAUUUUAAGAAUACUAGGGAAAUGUAAUUGAUAGGGAAAUGGUUGAAAAGUGAGUUUGAUAGGAAAAUGUAAAAAAAGUUGUUUGGUUGGAAAAAAAUUUACUGGGUAAAUUAGGUAAGAUUUAUAAAAUCUAUGUUUGGUUUGAGGUAAAAUAUAGAUGGGGAAAUAAGUGACAAUUACGAAAAUAUCCCUGUUUUUAAAAUUUUUGGGAAAAUAAAAAAAUUGUAAAUUAGAGAAAUUUUUUGGAAAAUUCUAGCAUCUGUGGGUUGUUGCUUCGAAACGUACCGAAAAAUGGAAAUAGAUCUUAAACACUGUACAAAGGUGGAGCAGUAAGUAAAUUUAAUCUGAUGAUUCAUAGCCUGUAUUUGUUUGGUAGCAGUAUUGGUUAACCGUGCUUCAUGGCCUUUAUGGGUUCUGUUCCAGUCAUGUCAUUUUCACUCUCUCCCUCUUUCUUCCUCGCUAUGAGCUACAAUUUCUAUCUUUUUGUCCAUGGUGACCGCCCGCGGCGGCUGAUGGUGGUUGCAGGUGGCUGCUGUUGGUGGUUGCAGGUGGCUGCUGUGGUUGAGACGGUGGAAAGAAAGAGAAGAAGGAUUACAAAGGGGUAUUUUGGUCUGCUUCAUUUUCUCAUUUUUCAACUUACCCAGCUAUCCCCAAAAAACCACCCCCAACUUCAUAUUCUAAAGAGUGCCAAUGGAUGGCUUUCUACAACCAAAUAGGAAAUGCUAUGCAAAUAGCAUAGAUGGGAAACUUCAAUAAACCUCUCUACCAAACAACAACUUUCUGGAAUGCCAAGUUCAUUUAGAUGGGGAAAUUUUCAGAUUUCUUCAACCAAACACCACCUAAGAGUUUUCUUUCUAUGUUGUGGAACGAGGAACUAGAGGUCAUUGCUUCGAAUGAAUAGCUGAGGCUCCUCUAAUUUUUGUUUGGAUUGGAUUGGAUAUUUGUCUUAA